GAGGGGGAGGCCAGGUAGGGUUGCUGGGGGUGGAUUUCCUUUUGGCGGGCUUUUUUGAGGACAAAGAGAAUAACGAAAAUGUUUUUGUAAAGGCGCCUCUAAAUCCAGUGUAUGCCGCGUCCUCGACCGUCGUGGACCGGGGAGAGGCCGCGUGGACCCCCGCCAUCUCGUGCAGUUCCCCGCCAUCAUCGAUGACUGGUUCGCCGUCCACCGCCGCCGCUACGUCGUUCACCGCCGCUGAGUCGAUGCCUUCUCCGAUAACUGGGUCGUCCUCCACCGCCGCCGCCGAGCCUCCGACCGUGUCGAUGAACGGGGCGAAGUCCUCCGCCGAGCCGCCGAUUGCUGGAGCACAGUCCUUGGAUGAAGACUGUACAUUGGAGGAAGAAGAUGAGGGAUUGGCAGAAGAAGAUGAAAUUGAUCAGUUCAACGAUGACACCUUUGGAGCAGGUGCCAACGACGAUGAUUGGCAGGAGGAACACAAGCGCCUGGCUGAGCUUGAUGGGCUUGGAGAGGGGUUUGGGCUAGAAAGAGGUGGGAUGGGAGGUGAACUAGAUUUAGGAGUGGCUGAAGAGCCAUCCUCCACCUAUGUUUCAUCUUCAGCUGACCAUCUCCCCUUUCAGUCAUCCCUCUCUUCACCCCACCACUCUUCUUCCUCAGGCAGACCUCAGGCAGAUGUGGAUGAUGGAAGAAGGGAAGGUGACUUGGCCGAGUCGCUGGCAAGACUUGUCCUCGACGCUGACCCGGCAAUUGCUGGAGUUGGGACUGCAGAGAGGCCCGGUUUCUCCCACAACCAAAGGUUGGAGCAUGACUCAAGACCCAAAAUUCUGCUUCAACCUUCCACCAUUUCGGAUUCAACUCGCACACACCAGCAAACCCCUGGGCCUCCCACAGGUCUUCCUCCUGGUCAUCUUCCCUCAUCAAUGCUCAGCUACCAACAACAACAACAUUUACUCCGCUCGGGACCUAGUCAGAUGAACUCCCACAGUAUAUGGGAGAACAGUAUGGGCUUUGGACCAGUCAGUGUUACCCCUGGACUAAUUACACACAUGGAGGAUAAUCCGUUAAUGUCCAUAAUAAAGGAGGCGGGACUUCCAAAGCGCCCAGCUCAGGGGAGAAACGAUGAAGGACGGGACUUGUCAGAAAGAGUUCCACCUCCACGCUCUUCUUCUCCUGUGAUUGGCUCCCCCCCAGUAAGGGCGGUACCUAUUGGGACUCCGCCCAAGCAACCAAUGAGUCACACCUUAAAUCAUCAGAUCCACCAUCCCACAGCAGUUCAUGUGAGAGCCCCGAUUCAGCACAGAUACCCGCCUCCUUUCCCGGAACGUCUGUCACCUAACACUCUACUCAAUUUAGCUAACUCGCCUCUGUAUCGUGGACCAUUUCCUCCAGGAGUCGGUCCUGUGCUUUCACAGAUUCAAAGAGCCCAGCUUCUUAACUCUCAGGUGGCAGGUGUUCACCGUGGCAGUCCAAUGCCCCCUUUGUUACCAGGCGGAGGAAGUUUCAGGCCAUUUUUCGGUGGCCCACACCCUCCUCACGGUCAUCGAAUGGGUCCCCUGCCACAUCUUGGCCACCCUAACCACAUGCCGCCCAUCAGACACAGUGCCACCCACCUACACCCCCAACAUCGCCGCAUGCUCACCCAGCGCAUGCAGAACAGAGGAGGGGACCAUACCAGGACUGGAGGGGACUGGCACAGCAGGGAUCCAUACAGUAACUUGAUGACUCAGAAAGAGAAGGAAUGGGUCACUAAAAUUCAAAUGAUGCAGCUUCAAAGUACUGACCCUUUCUUGGAUGACUACUACUAUCAGAACUACUACGAAAAGAUGGAAAAACGUCAGGAGAGAGAAAGAGACAGCAGUAAAAAAGAACACACGACCAAGCUCAUUACUCCACAAGUUGCCAAGAUUGAACACACCUACAGACCAGUUCAGUUUGCGGGUUCUCUGGGUAAGCUGACUGUGUCUAGUGUCAACAAUCCACGCAAAAUGAUUGACGCUGUGGUAACAACUCGCUCAGAUGAUGAGGAAAAGAGAGAAAAGCAGGUUUGGAAUAAGAGGCGGCAAAUUCUGUACACAGUGGAAAAGAUCUACAGUUUGCUUCUGGAGGUUCAAGACUUUGAGAAACGUUUUGUCCAUGCACCAGAAGAGGACAGAGAGGUUUUACUCGAGCAGCACAAAACCAACACCAUGCAGCUUAGUAACUCUCUGCAAGAAAAAGAUUGGGACGACAGGGUGAGCGAUGAUCGGUGUGUGAUGAUCAUGUCAGUGAGGAAGGGCAAGCGGCUCAUAUCCAGGCUGCUCCCCUAUCUGCCCUCCUCUCAGGCUGCUGCCGUUGUUACGGCGAUUGCCCGCAACCUGCCCACCUUAGCCAAGAAGGACAAGCAAGACCAGGUGCUGUGCUGGUUGGUGGAGCCAGUUUCUGCUGUGAUCAUGUCCAUGUCCAGUGCUGCCCUCACAGACAUGCUGCAGGAGCUCCAGGGCAGCGAGGGUCAACUAGCCACAGUACUACAUAACAAGUUUGGUGUUACGCUGCUCUAUCUGAUCUUGAGUAAAGGAGAGAGGAUGCAAAGUUCUGACCCCAACUGUCAGCUCAUGGAUGACAAUCGAUGGACAGAGUUGGUGUUUUCUGUGACCAGGGAGUUGCUGAGCAUUCCCUCUACGUCUCUCUCUUCUCCUCUUUUUACGCCUCCCAAUUUGCUCUUCCUCUUCUCACGCUAUGUGGACCGCCAACGCUUGGACUUGUUACAGGAAAAACUACAGAUUUCCACUUUGUCCCGGUAAAAGUUUCUGCAUCGUCAUCAACACAGAAGCCUCCUGAUAUAUUGCGGACGUGUGUGUGUGUGUGUGUGUGUGUGUGUGUGUGUGCGUGUGUGUGUGUGUGUGUGUGUGUGUGUGUGUGGCAUUGUGAUGACUUGUUUUAAUCCAACUGCUUCUCUUGCCCCUUUUUUGUUGUGUGCGAGUGUGCGCGUGUGCAUUUUUUAAUGGAACCGAGCCGACUAAAUGAGAUUGAGGAUUUUUGAAUGAUAGCAAUGAAUUCUGCGUUUUUAAAUAUAUUGUUUUAAAAUUGAACCCUAAAAUUAAAAGUAUUUCUAUGAUAUCAAAUGUGCACUCCUAUUUUCUUGUCCCGUUGCUUUGAGUGCAGUUCUCUUAACACCGUAAAGCUGACAAAUAUGUCCAACUAAUCGAUCACCUAAACUCGUCUGCUUUAAGUCUCUUUGUAAAUUAUUAUUGGCGUGUACAUUGUGUGUAACUGUCUUUUUAAAGUCAACUGUACAUGUGGUUUUCAAUAAAUGUACCUUUUUUUUUUUUUUUAGUGUAUAUGUUUUUUCUAAGUUGACAUUUGUUUGGA